CUUAGGAGAAAACCAAGCGAAUUCGAAACUGAAGAAGAGCCAAGUCACUCAGUUGAAGAUGCAGCUCAUUCCACCGAACAUCUUCCAAUUUCAGAUAUAACUGAUUCGGCUGAAGGCUCACAGGAUGAAGAAACUGAACUACAAGAUACAGAACAGACAUCUGAAGCAGAUGAACAGAGCGGGAUAGACAAAGAUUAUGAGCUUACCGAAGCUGAACCUAGUCAAAUUAUCGGACUAGAUAGUGAAGUAGAUAAUGACCUACUACACCUGAGCUUGAUUCAGGUGGACCAAGCCGAUGAAACUUCAGAUGUAAGCGAGGGGGAAAGUCCUUCCCAAAGGUGGGAGGAUCAGGAAUAUAAGGAUGAAGAUCAACCAGUUGGUGCAUUUGGAGAGCAGGAAACUGUUGGCUCAGAAGAAGAGCAUACUGUAGAAUCAGAAUCACUUCAGAGCGUUCUACAUUUGACUUUUCUUGUGGACGCCUCUGCUUCAAAGCCUGGUGAAACAAAAACAUCAAUUUGUCAAGACGACACAUAUUCUGCUGAAGAGACAGAAACUAUAACAACCCAGCUUGAGGAAAAUGCUGUCGAAUUACCUGCAAAUCAGUAUGAAAUUCAUCCUGACACCCAACAAGAAGUAAAGGAUGAAGCUCAAAGUGAGAAGGAAAUAACAGACACUGAAAGUGAGAGGGAAAUAACUGAUACUCAAGGUGAGAGUGAAGUAACUGAAACUCUGAAAGAGAAGGAAAUAACAGAGACUAAAGGUGAAGGGGAAAUAACAGAGACUAAAGGUGAAGGGGAAAUAACGGAGACUCAAGGUGAGGGGAAAAUAACUGAGACUCCAGGUGAGAGGGAUAAAACUGAGACUCCAGGUGAGAGGGAAGUAACUGAAACUCUGAAAGAGAAGGAAAUAACAGAGACUAAAGGUGAGGGGAAAAUAACUGAGACUCCAGGUGAGAGGGAUAAAACUGAGACUCAAGGUGAGGGGAAAAUAACUGAGACUCCAGGUGAGAGGGAUAAAACUGAGACUCCAGGUGAGAGGGAUAAAACUGAGACUCCAGGUGAGAGGGAUAAAACUGAGACUCAAGGUGAGAGGGAAGUAACUGAAACUCUAAAAGAGAAGGAAAUAACAGAGACUCAAGGUGAGGGGAAAAUAACUGAGACUCCAGGUGAGAGGGAUAAAACUGAGACUCAAGGUGAGGGGAAAAUAACUGAGACUCCAGGUGAGAGGGAUAAAACUGAGACUCAAGGUGAGGGGAAAAUAACUGAGACUCCAGGUGAGAGGGAUAAAACUGAGACUCAAGGUGAGAGGGAAGUAACUGAAACUCUAAAAGAGAAGGAAAUAACAGAGACUCAAGGUGAGGGGAAAAUAACUGAGACUCCAGGUGAGAGGGAUAAAACUGAGACUCAAGGUGAGGGGAAAAUAACUGAGACUCCAGGUGAGAGGGAUAAAACUGAGACUCAAGGUGAGAGGGAAGUAACUGAAACUCUAAAAGAGAAGGAAAUAACAGAGACUCAAGGUGAAGGGGAAAUAACGGAGACUCAAGUUUCUCCUGAGAAAAGCAGUGUAAGUCCAACAGUCUCUGAGAAGUCCUUCAAGCAGGUGACAUUUAAAGAAGAAGAUGAAAUUUUUACUCCUGAAGUGGAUAAUGAAUAUGAGGAGACUCGUUCUGAUAAUUCUGAUGGGACACCUGCUGACGCUGAGGAAGAGGAAGGACCUGCUGGGAUUUAGGAGGAGAGCACAGCAGGCGCAAACAACAGCGACAAGGCCUGAAGAUUCUGGAAUGCCCCGCACCUCGACCUCAUUCAAAGUUCAUGGGCUUGGAGCCAGGAAAAGAAAUAUUUUAAAUGAACUCCGCCAUUUUGGGUCAGAAGAUGGAUCAACUAACCUUGCAGAAUAUGCCGGAAGGUUGCUAAUGACUACAUAAGUGCUGUUUGUUGUUGUAGUUGUUGUUGUUGUUUUACCUUUUCUCCAAUAUUAUAUAUUUAAUCCUGUAUCCAAAUAUAUUUAAUCCUGUAUAUACUGUGUAUCCAUUUAAUCCUGUAUGUGUAUCCACAUAUGUUUAAUCCUGUAUAUACUGUGUAUUUAUUUAAUCCUGUAUGUGUAUCCACAUAUGUUUAAUCCUGUAUAUACUGUGUAUUUAUUUAAUCCUGUAUGUGUAUCCACAUAUGUUUAAUCCUGUAUAUACUGUGUAUCCAUUUAAUCCUGUAUGUGUAUCCACAUAUGUUUAAUCCUGUAUAUACUGUGUAUCCACUCUCAAAUAGAGAAUCAUUUAAAUAAAUCAUUAAA